GUCACGUGACAUCCCCUUGGUAACGCAAGAUGGCGGCGCCCAUGUUGCUGCCCGAGUCCCCUCUGGGGAAGCUGAGCCAUCAGAAAUACAGAGCUAUUCUGAAGAAAGAGAAGAGGAAAAAAAAGCGGCAGGCACUUGCCAAGCUAAGAGAUUCGGAAGCUACAGAAAAAGAUGAAUCUGUGUCUGAGGAGGAAGAGGAGGAACUGGAAGAUGAGGAGGAAGAAGAAGAAGAGGAAAAAAAACUUGAGGCAGAAAGACAAAAACUGCAUGAGCAGUGGUUGCUGAGAGAAGAAAAGGCCCAAGAAGAGUUCAAGCUUAAGAAAGAAAAAGAAGAGGCUGCAAGAAAACGUCAAGAAGAAGAAGAGAGGAAGAUCAAAGAAGAGUGGGAAGAGCAGCAAAGAAAAGAGAGAGAAGUGGCGCAGCAGAAACAACAGGAGAAGAGAGAGAGAGAGGCAGCUGUGCAGAGGAUGCUGGAUCAAGCUGAAAGCCAGCUGGAGAAUGGUGUGACAUGGCAUAACCCAGAGCCCCCAGAGAAUAUAGGAACAGAGAAGGACAGAGCAAAUUGCCCAUUCUACAUCAAAACAGGUUCAUGCCGAUUUGGAGACAGGUGUUCUCGCAAGCAUAACUACCCAACAUCUAGUAAGACACUCCUCGUCCGAGGGAUGUUCAUUACUUUUGGGAUGGAGCAGUGCCGGAGGGAUGACUACGACACAGACGCCAGUCUCGAGUACAGCGACGAGGAGACAUACCAGCAGUUCCUGGAGUUCUACGAGGACGUGCUCCCUGAGUUUCAGAAUGUGGGGAAAGUCGUUCAAUUCAAGGUCAGUUGCAACUAUGAGCCUCACCUGCGAGGGAACGUCUAUGUCCAGUAUCAGACGGAGAAGGACUGUCAGGCAGCUCUUGCUCUGUUCAGUGGACGAUGGUACGCAGGCCGACAGCUUCAUUGUGAAUUUUGUCCUGUAACACGGUGGAAAACUGCUAUCUGUGGCUUAUUUGAAAGGCAGAAGUGUCCAAGAGGGAAACACUGCAACUUUCUUCAUGUAUUCAAAAAUCCAAACAAUGAGUUUUGGGAGGCCAACAGAGACAUACGUAUUUCUCCUGAACGGACUAGUCAGCUGUCUAAAAACUCUGAGAGGAGAAACAGAACGAGCCAUCGUGAUGACUAUUACAGCCGGUCGAGGAGGAGGAGCAGCCCAAGCCCAGAUCAUUCUUACCGCAGAAACGGCGAAUCGGAGCGGAAAAAGAAUCGCCGCAAAAACAAGAGAAGGCGCCGCUCUGGGAGGUCGAGAAGUCGAGAGAGGAGGCGGUCCCGCAGCAGGGGGAGAAAGAGGAGGGGCCGGAGCCGCAGCCGGAGCCGCAGCCGCAGCAGGAGCCGCAGCCGGAGCCACAGCCGAACACGCAGCAGGAGCAGAAGUCGGAGUUCAUCGCGAUCCAGGAGCCGGGGUAAAAAGAGAUCGAGCAGCAGAGGAAAAAAUAGUGAAACUCCCAAAACAAAGUGAGAAUUCCUUUUAGAAAUUGCGAUUUGAGAAAAUGUAGAGCUGACAAAUCUUUCCAAUAGGGCACCAGACAUAUUUGAGUUUCAAAUAAAAGUGUUCUUGCACAUUAAAAUGUUUCUUCCUAAUAAAGGAACCUAGUUUAUUGUGUGCUAAGCUUCAGAAAAUUGGAAGUUUCAGUCCUAUAUAAGGUGUGAACGUCAAGUACUCUUAGCUCCUCCGUCCCUCUGAACUGCUGCCACGUCUGGGGGCACAAUGAGUACAAAUAGAAAGAGAAGUAAAACUUAUUUGGUACAUGCUUAUUUCUGUGUUAUGUGUGUGUGUGUAUGUGUUAAGUGUUUACUGUCCCUGUAAGGAGCUAGUACAGAACAGCCGGUGUGCUGUAAACUCACACACAGCAUCAUACUGCAAAUUGGCAUCUGUGUAGGAGACUGCCAUUGAUGUUUUUCCGUCUGUUUACAGGAAAUCUCUCUCUAGACAAAGUAAAUAUAAUAGUGUUAGGAUUUGGAUGAAAGGGAUCUAAAAGGCAUCGUUGUUUGGUUGUACAAUACUCGCCCAGCAGGAGCUUUGUGGUCGUGUGUGUUGGAUUUUUCUCUCUCCUCUGACUGAGCUGCAGAGCUAAUUGCCUAUAGGGAUUGCAGUAGACCAAAACCAAGUAGGAGGAACGCAGAAAAACAAUCAAUUUAUUCAGUACCUUAAUCCCCAAGUACAGUUGGAGACUAUGCACUCUUAAUCCUGGAGUGAGGACAGGAAAUACUUUGCAUACCUCUUGGUUGCAUACCAUUUGUAGUUGAAAACAGCUCCUGUGAUAGAGUGGUGGAAAAGCUGGUAACCAGACAUGCCCAUGUCUUCAGUCACGAAGGCUCAAGGUGGUUGCAGAGUGGCUAAAGAAACCAAAGGUUUUAUACCAAAGGUUUUUAGGAGAGGAGCACUUGACUGAAAGUUCUCUUAGGCUUAUUCUACAAACGGUUGAAGGCACCCUACCACCCAGCUCCCCUGCAGUCCAGGUGGAGUAGGGUACAUAAAAAUGAAGUCAUCAGGACAAAUCCUUUUUGAAAUGACAGCUUUAUUAGCAAAGUAGCUGCACUUAGGUCAAUCCUUUGAAAUACUUCACUUUUAACUGAAAGAUUCGUGUUGUUAGAGGAACAGUACUUCACACUGCUUAACUUCAGGUCCUUCACCGAGGCACCUGGGUGUCCUUAGAGAGCAGUUUGUGGGACUGAAGGUACAGAUGCCCUGAACGGUCUGCAGAUACCUUGCUCUCUUUAGCUUCUCCAGAGAACUUGGGCUUCUGCUUUUAGAGUACAGUCCUAGGCCACCUAAGUUAGAAGCUUAAAGUAGAGAUGAAGGGCUCCCAAAGAGAUACUCGUUACGACUCCAACAGGGUAACAUAAAAUCCUGUAGAAACUCUGGAUAUCCAGACUUUAUGAAAGCAUUCCUCAGAGUGAGAAGGCUUUUCCCCCGGGAUAGCUGAGAGUGAAUGAACAUUGCUUCUGGAUAUAAUAUAUAUAUAUUUUUGCUUUUCUAAAUGCAUACUGCACCUAGCAUGCCGCUCAUACAUUUUCCUUCCUUCAUGUGUAACUGUUGUCCAAUAUGGAGUAAUACAACAAAAGUGCUAUAUAUUGUUGUUCAGUUCAAACCCAACUUUCACUAUAUAGUGUCAUAACUGUAGGCAGAAUUGUAGCUUAGUUAAUUUGGUUAAAUGUUUUAGUUAUUAACAAAUGUAGGAAUUGUCAUUUAAUAGCAUAAGUUUUGAAAUAAUAACUUUGUUUGAAAGGCAUAUUUCAAAGGAUAGACAGCACCAAGCUUUAAAUUGUACUGGAGAAAUUUGUCACCGUCAGUUUCUCAUAAUGUAUCUUUUUCUGACUAGACCUUACAGACAGAUUUUUCCCCAGGGUUUCUGUUUUUUCCAUAGAUGCUCACUUGUCUAGUUGGGGUUCUAGUUUUUCUAGAUGCUCACUUGUGCAGAACGAGCCUGGCAUUUCCUGCUUGCAGAGAGGUACCCCUGGCAGGCCAGGAACGUUGUCCUCUCCGUGGAGCUGCUACUGUCGCUGCUGAGCCAGCCUGCUGGGUAAGGCCCUGAGCUGAAAGGCUGAUUAAGGCCGUCUGUAGGUGGUUGCACAUCCUGUGUCACACGGCAGGUGAUCGCCCAGCAUUAUCUGAGCUCAAGCAGAAUUACCCAGCUCAAACAGAAGCGGUGGAAUGAGAAGGGGGGGAAGCUGUGAGUAGUUGGGCGAAAUAAGCAAAGCAGCCUCUGUAGGAUUAGGAACCAAGUGCCAACUAAGACCCAUGUGAGAAUUCCACAGGUAAUUAGGCUCCUUGUCCCCACAGUUUUGUAAUGGGAUCUGAGAAGCUCAGCUGCUGUACUUUUGUUUAAGAAAAUGUUCAUAUAAUUGAAAGAAAAAAAAAAAAAGACUUGCUCAGAGCUGCAUGUAAAAAUUUAAAGAUACUUUAUUUCUGCUAUUAUAAUGGCUGAAGCUUCAGCUUCUUUUCUCUGGAGACCUGGACCCAAACUUCCUGCCUGUAUCUGUGCCGCAUAGGACUGGUAGCUGUAAUUACCAUUCACUUCCAGAUGCAGUGUGUUUAUUACAUGGAAAUUGAGUGCUGUAGUUCUGACAUCAUUGACUUUGCAUUUGUUAGCAUGAAACCUGGAAGCCAACCAGUUUUCUGACUUCUGAGUUCAUAUAUUUCAGUAUUGUUUCCCUACUUCAUAAUCUUAAGUAGUGUUAUAUGCAUGGUUUUGUGUUUCCUUAUUAGCCGAGUGAGCUAUUUAUUCUGAAGAGACAAAGAGACUAGAAGUUUUUAAAUGUUAAGCUUAAUUCUUCUUUUUCCAAAGGGGAGAAGCCCCAGAAGAACAAAGGAUUUAAAUUUGCCAUGAGUACCUUGUUCUCCCAGUGUGUUACUCGGCAUAUUCCACAUGAAAGGACCUUACCAGGGAAUGAAUACUGGCCCAGCUUUGUUUUUCUGAAUGAUGUGCUUAAAGCAGGGGCUUGCAAAGUUCUUGGUUUGGGUUGCAGAUUCCGCAAAGUGCUUUAGAGUGAUGAUGAAGGGAGGCAUUUACACAGAGAUGUCAGAAGUCAGUUAGGCCCUUCCUUGGAGGAGGAAUGCAGCAGAGCCAGGCAACUGCAUCGCGUUUUCCUGGUGGCAGCGGGGGAGCCAUGACAGCGUGGCGGGAACCCCUGUGGGCACAGGCCGUGGAUUCAGGCAUGGGGGAAGCAGCCUUGCCCCCCUCCCAGCAGCCGUGGCCUCCAGUUGGGGCCAGCAGCUGCUUCCAUACAAGUGCCCUUUCCACCGUUGCAGGGGCAUCCAGGGGCUGAACACAAGGCUUCCGUUUGCUAUGGCAGGGGAACAGGCACACCUGAGACACCCUCCCUUCUCCGGCCCUUCCCUUGCUUGUAGGGCAGAUGGUCUGAAAUGCACCCUCAGGAACUCCUCCUCUUUCUUGUCCUUGGGUGAUGUCAUAUCCUUCCCAGAUUGUUUUGCAUUGCCACAGUUGGUGCAUCAGAAAUUGCCCUGAGGUUUACUAGUGACAUUCCUGUGUGCUAAAUAACGUGGGGUUUUUUUCCAAAAGAAAUGCAAGCGAUGCUUAAAGAUGCUAUUGCUUCCUGUCCUGGAUCAGCACUUCUUACCAAACAUGACACUCUACGCUAGUUACUAACUUAAAAGCUUAAUUUACUUUCUUACGUCAUCUAAAGAGUGCAGCUGAUUUUGCUCAAAGUUUGUUGUAAUUAAAAGAAACCCCUGUGAUUACACACAUCCUCUCUUCAGCACCGAUGGAUGUGCUGGAUGCUGGAUCUGUCUCCUGUUUAACCAAAAUACAAAUAUGCUGACAAGUUACACUUCAGGAAACUAGAUUACAAAGAAUAACCCGUGGCAACUGAACAAAGGCAGCCACAGGGUGACCGUCACUAUGGCCUUAACCCAGAAGGAACAGCAGAUAUUUCUGAAGGUUUAUUCAAGUGAAAGGGGCUGAGAUUCAGUGAUGAAGACGUUCAGGCCAACAAUCACUUCCCUAAACAAUCCACAGAUUCUAACUGGUUCUUCAGCUUCCUCCCCAGCCCUUCCCCGUAGGACAGGAAAUUUAAGAAAUCAAAUUUUAUUUCCUCUUAGAUUUAAGAAAUGCCCUGAAAGGCUUAAGUUUUCCCUAUGUUCUUGAUAACAUCCACCAGUUCGGUUCUUUCAGGAAGCUGGAGAACAGAUUAAUCUGAGACAUUUCUUGUUGACAGUAGGAUUGUGAACACUGCAUCGCUUGACUCGUAAUUCCAUGGAAGGAACUGAAUAUUCAGUCUGUAUUAUCCAGAACCCUCUCUCAAUCAACACGUGGCUCGUUUUAAUUUUCAAAUGAAGAGGCACUACAUCAAUUUAACACCCACUCGAAUAAAUUUCAUGUUUAAUGUGGUUAGCCUUCCAAAAACUUGCUAAUUUAUUGCUUUCUGUACAAUUCAAACGGAUGUAAAUAACUAAUCUUGGACACAGUAUACUCACACAUUUUUUUAAUAAAGUGCUCAAGAACAGGUUAAGCACUGUAAUAAAAUUUCCCUUUUUUUAAGCUAGCACUGAGUAGCCUCCUCUUUCCUCUGCAAACACCACAACUAAUUACACAUAAACACACAGCAAUGGUGUAAAAAUGGACAUUUAUUACAACUAAACCAACGUGACAGACAGAAGUCAAACGGUUUAUUUGUCACAAACACGACAAAGCUUAAUCCAGCCAAGCAGAUACAAGUGACAGUGUAAACUUUAAAAACAUGUUUAAUACAAAGGAAACUGAUUCGGGGUUUGACUUAAAUUUCACCACUUCACUCUUGCAACUGCUGCUACUUUAUCCUCUUCUAAGCCCUGCUUGCUAUGCCCUGGAGAAAUGCAAACUGCUGCUUUUGCCUGCCCUGGGAUAAAAGUGGUCUGCAGCCAUGAUGGAUAUUUAAAUCCCAGAAAGGGCCUAAGUGGACAAAUUCUGACACUCUAAGUUCAGAGGCUCCCCUCUGCUGCCAUGCUGAAGUGUGCAGACCUCCCCUCCUCUGGGGGCUGCAGCAGGGCACUUCUGAGGGGCAACACGGAGCCUUUCCUGGGAGUUAAAUGUAAGCCAGGCUACACCAAGGCUCUGGGGCUGGCUGUGGCCAUGCUUCUAUUAGCCCCGCACCGCUACUUCCAGCUCAGCUCAGGGGAAAUGUGGCAUUUCUACUCAAGUGCACAAACCAAAACAAAGACUCCUAGAGUAAAGCUACAAGGGUGAAAGGGCUGGGAGGGGACAGCCCUGCCCUCUCUGGGCCAUACAGAUGCACAGGAGAACCUGGCUACUCCAAACUGUGGCACUAACUCCUUCAAACUCAAAAGUAUAUGUGAAUUGAACUUCCUCAAGUGAAACAGCUUUAAUUGCUCAAAGCCUGUUUAAAGUGUCAAAAUAUGACUUGGUAUCACUUUAUGUGAUUUGCAGUGAAUCUACUACAGAAACCUAAUACUUGAAAGCUCUCACUGCAAAGUGGUUGGCUCAACUGCACAGCACACAGGAGUUUUUUAAGGGAUGCGUCACAUGUUCAAGGUGCAAGUCAAGUAGAGCAGUGAAAAAGACAUUGACAUUUCUUGGGAGGGAUUUGUUUAAAGCUACCUAUACACCCAUUAAGAUAAACUAUAAAACACCAAUAAAUACAAAUUAAUUUGUAGAGUAAGAAAGAAAAUAAGUCCCUUUUGUAAAGCUUCUUCUUUCCCAUCUCCAAAACUAUCCAAUUUUCAUAAUGCAACUCCCUCUACUGUCUAGAUAGCCUAUCUUCUUCCUUGUGUUGAUGUUCAGAGCAAGCCAAUAGCAGAUCCAAAAAUGAUGAGACCAAUCUGCCUGAAAGGGUAGAAUGGCCCUCGAAAGGAUUUGCCUGGUAAGGGUUAAUCUUUUCUAAGGAAGCCUGCCUGAAAGGGUUGGCUCCUUAAACAAAGCCCCUAACUUAAGCAAAAACAUCCUGUAUACACAACAAUGAUAACGACACCAGAUGUCUUGUAGCCACGGAACAUAUAUCACAAAAAUGUAGUAAACAGUACCAUAAAUUUUGUAGAUAACAUUUGAUUGAUUUGUAGCAUAUAGAAAAUAUACGUACUCAUAUUGUUUGUUAACCUAUACUGAUGACCUUUGCGAUAUGUACUGACUAUAAAAAGAGCAUAAGAAGAAGCAAUAAACUGUCACUUGCUCAAAGA